AUGGAUGCUGAGGACGACCCCUUGUUGCAGGACGUGUGGCUGAAUGAGGAAGAGGAGGUGGCUUUUGGGCCCCGCAAAAGAGGCGAAGGGCCCCGGCUUUGCGGGAAAUGCCAGUGGAACUCCCGGCCCCGGACCUCGACGACAGCACUGCUGAACUCCAGCUUUUGGCACGUCGUGGGUUGGAUCUUCACCAACCCGUACUCUGCCAGUCUGAUCCUCUUCUUGGGCUGCGCCAUCCCUGCCACCCUGGCCAUCGUGAUGUUCCUGCACUACCCCGCUUUGGACAUCGAUAUCUCGUACAACGCCUUUGAGAUCCGCAACCACGAGUCCUCCCAGCGCUUUGACGCGCUCGCCUUGGCCCUCAAGUCCCAGUUUGGCUCCUGGGGCCGCAACCGGCGGGACCUGGCCGACUUCACCUCGGAGACCCUGCAGAGGCUGAUCUUCGAGCAACUGCAGCAUCUCCACUUGAACUCCACACGGCUGGGAGCGGCCAGGCGGAAACGCGGUGCAGAUCAGGAGCGGACUAGCCUCUCUCCCCAAGCCCGGCCUCCCUCGGCCAACCAAACUUCCCGCCAGCCACGGAACACCCCACCCCACUGGGAAUACUCUAAUACCGUUGUGAGCACCAACACCCAAACCCAUGCGCACUGGCGCAUCGAACUCAUUUUCCUGGCCCGGGGAGAUGCUGAGAACAACAUCUUCACUUCUGAGCGUUUGGUCACCAUCCAUGAGAUCGAGCGCAAAAUUAUGGACCACCCUCAUUUCCGAGAGUUCUGCUGGAAGCCCCAUGAGGUCCUCAAAGACCUACCUUUGGGUUCCUACUCCUAUUGUUCCCCGCCUAGUUCCCUCAUGACCUAUUUCUUCCCCACUGAGAGAGGUGGAAAGAUCUACUACGAUGGCCUAGGACAGGAUCUUGCUGACAUCCGAGGUUCCCUGGAGCUGGCCAUGACCCACCCCGAGUUCUACUGGUACGUGGACGAGGGUCUGUCGGCCGACAACAUGAAAAGCUCCCUUCUGCGAAGUGAGAUCCUCUUUGGGGCCCCCUUGCCCAGCUACUAUUCGGUGGAAGACCGGUGGGAGGAGCAACGCAGGAAGUUCCAGAGCUUCGUGGUCACUUACGUGGCCUUGCUGGCCAAACAGUCCACCAGCAAAGUUCAAGUGCUUUAUGGAGGGACGGAUUUGUUUGACUACGAAGUGAGGAAGACUUUCAACAACGACAUGAUGCUGGCGUUCAUUAGCAGCAGCUGCAUAGCGGUCUUGGUCUACGUCCUUGCAUCUUGCUCAGUGUUCCUGUCCUUUUUCGGGAUUGCUAGCAUAGGGCUCAGCUGUUUGGUGGCCCUCUUCCUAUACCAUGUUGUGUUUGGAAUCCAGUACCUGGGGAUCUUGAAUGGAGUGGCUGCAUUCGUCGUCGUGGGGAUAGGUGUGGACGACGUCUUUGUCUUCAUCAACACCUACCGGCAGGCCACCCAUUUGAAAGACCUCCAGCUGCGGAUGAUCCACACCAUUCAGACGGCCGGCAAGGCUACCUUCUUCACCUCUCUGACCACGGCUGCGGCUUACGCGGCCAACAUUUUCUCUCAGAUCCCAGCCGUGCACGACUUUGGCCUCUUCAUGUCCCUGAUCGUCUCCUGCUGUUGGGUAGCCGUCCUCUUCACCAUGCCUGCCGCUCUGGGCAUCUGGUCGCAGUACCUGUCCCCUCUGGAAGACGCCUGCCAGGCCAGCUGCGGUCAGAAGUGUGCGAAGGAGAACACCUUGCACAUCUCGGACAGCCUGUUCAUCUCUUCAGAGGCCACAAGCGGGCCCAGCCCAGGGACUCUGCCUUACCUGGACGACGAUAUCCCUCUGCUGAAUGUGGAAGAGGAGCCAGUCACUCUGGAAAUGGGGGACGUUCCCUUGGUCUCGGUUCUGCCUGAGAGUCUGCAGCUGCCCGCCAAGAAGGGCGGCCAGGGUCACCUGAUCACUCAUGUGCAAGACCUCCUCCAGCACUGGGUCCUGUGGUCGGCGGUGAAAAGCAGGUGGCUGGUUGUGGGGCUGUUCUUGACCGUUCUCAUCCUCUCCAUCUUCUUCGCCAGCCGACUUCGCCCGGCGAGCCGCGCCCCCCUCCUGUUCAGGCCUGACACCAACAUCCAGGUGCUGCUGGACCUCAAGUAUAACCUGAGCGCUGAAGGCAUUUCGUGUGUCACCUGCUCCGGCUUGUUUCAGGAAAAGCCCCGUAAUCUGCAGAAUAACAUCCGCACCUCUUUGGAGAAGAAGAAACGGGGAUCGGGGCUGGCGUGGGGCAUUCGCGGGAGUGCCGCGGGUGACGGGGUUUUGCAGGACCCCCAGGGGACAGUCUACAUCUUCAGAUCCAAAAGCAAAGGCCGGCCAGCCGUCUACAGGUUCUCCCUCAAUGCCACUGUCUCAGCUCCAUGGCAAACUAUGUCCCCAGGAGACGGGGAGGUCCCCUCUUUUCAGGUGUAUAAAGUUCCUUACGGUAACUUCACCAAGAGGCUGACCGCUUGUAUGUCCACAGUAGGGCAUCUCCAACAGACGAGCCCCAAGAAGUGGAUGAUGACUACCCUGUCCUGCGACUCCAAGAAGGGAUGGAAAUUUGACUUCAGUUUCUACGUGGCUGCGAAGGAGCAGCAGCGGACGCGGAAGCUCUAUUUUGCCCAGUCGCACAAACCCCCUUAUCAUGGCAGGGUGUGUAUGACGCCUCCCGGCUGUCUCCUGAGUUCUAGCCCAGAUGGGCCCAACAAAGGCUUUUUGUUCGUCCCCAGCGAGAAAGCCUCUCCCAAAGCCAAGCUUUCCAUCACUUCUGGAUUCAACCCUUGUGGGAGUUCUGGCUGUGGGAAACCAGCAGUGCGGCCGUUGGUGGACACGGGUGCUAUGGUGUUCGUGGUGUUUGGAGUAUUAGGAGUGAACCGCACCCGGCACAUGGACAACCACGUCAUUGGGGAUAUGGGCAGCGUCAUCUACGAUGAGCGCUUCGACCUCUUCAAAGAGAUUGGCAACUUGUGUCGGAUCUGUAAGGCGAUUGCUGGGAACGCUGAGCUGGUCAAGCCGGGAGGAGCCCAAUGCCUGCCCUCGGGUUACAGCAUCUCCUCCUUCCUUCAGAGGCUCCACCCGGAGUGUAAGAAUCUUCCUGAGCCGAACCUCCUUCCUGGGCAGCUCUCCCACGGGGCAGUAGGAGUUAAAGACGGAAAAGUACAGUGGAUCUCCAUGGCCUUCGAGUCGACCACCUACAAGGGGAAAUCCUCCUUCCAGACCUACUCGGAUUAUCUCAAGUGGGAAUCUUUCCUGCAAGACCAGCUGCGCCUCUUUCCCGAAGGCUCAGCCCUGCGUCGGGGCUUUCAGACCUGUGAGCACUGGAAGCAGAUCUUCAUGGAGAUCAUAGGUGUGCAAAGUGCCCUAUACGGCCUCAUCCUGUCCCUGGCCAUCUGCGUCUCCGCCGUUGCCAUCUUCACCACUCACGUCCUCCUCCUGCUUCCGGUCUUACUCACCAUUUUAGGAGUCGUGUGCCUCGUAGUGACCAUAAUGUACUGGUCCGGCUGGGAGAUGGGGGCGGUGGAAGCCAUCUCUCUUUCCAUACUCGUUGGCUCCUCCGUCGACUACUGCGUGCACCUGGUGGAAGGCUACCUUCUGGCAGGGGAGAACCUGCCACUUCACCUGUUAGAGGACCCCAGCUCCAGCCGCCAGUGGCGCACUAUCGAGGCGGUCCGCCACGUGGGGGUGGCCAUCGUCUCCAGCGCCGUGACCACCGUCAUCGCCACCGUCCCCCUCUUCUUCUGCAUCAUCGCCCCUUUCGCAAAGUUUGGCAAGAUCGUGGCCCUCAACACGGGCGUCUCCAUCCUGUACACGCUCACCGUGAGCACCGCUCUGCUGAGCAUCAUGGGACCCGCGGCCUUCACGCGCACCCGGACUUCCUUCCUCAAGGCCCUGGCAGGGGUGCUCGUGGCCGUGGCCGUGGGUCUCUGCAUUUGCCUGGUGUUGCUAAGAAGCGGAUUCAAGAUCCCCCUCCCCAAUGGGACGGUCCUAUAG